AUGGCAUACAACUACCUCGCCGCGCCUGACGCAGAACUCGCCCCAAUGCUUGAGUCUCUGUCUGGGCCGAAACUCCCACACGGCUUCAUCAAGUCGGAUAUCAACGCUUACAGGGCUAUGAUCCAAGACUUUGGGAAAUCUGUGAGCAAAUCCGAAUCCCCAACUCCUCCUGAUUCUCUCGUAGUCGCAGGACACUCUGUUACAGUGGAGGAAGGGUCGAUCCUGGUGCGCACCUAUCGACCAAUGGAUCCCCUGGAUGCGAAGUUACCUCUUGUUGUUUGGACGCAUGGCGGAGGACUCGUGUUUGGCAACCUCGACAGCAGCGACGGAGUGUGUCGAGUCCUCGCUCACGAUCUCAAACUGUCGGUAGUCAAUGUGGAGUACAGACUGGCGCCGGAAUUCCCUCAUCCCAUUCCAUUAGAUGAUUCUUACACCGCGCUGAAAUGGGCGGUCAAGAACUCCGACGCGUUGGCCGCAGAUCUUUCGAAGGGCGUCAUCGUGGGCGGCACGUCUGCUGGAGCGUACCUCGCUGCUGCCAUGGCGCAGCGCGCGCUCGCCGACCCCUUCUUCGCUGCCCACGGAACGAAGGUCUCCGGCCAGGUGCUCCAGAUCCCGAUGCUCUGUCACCCCGACGCGCUGCCCGAAUCGGCGAACUUGACCUCGUACGAGCAAAACGCGGAGGCGCCGAUGCUCUCCACCAACACCAUGCGGGAGAUUUACGGUGGGUGGACUGUCCCCGGGAACCCGUCGGACCCUGAGCUCUCUCCGCUCCUCCGGCCGUCGCUGGAGGGCCUUGCUCCCGUGUACAUGCAGGUCACAGGGCUAGAUCCCCUGCGCGACACCGGACUGGUGUAUGCGGAGCGCCUCCGCGAGGCCAACGUCCCCCUCAAGCUUGAUCUCUAUCCGGGUGCGCCGCACGGAUUUCACGUUGCGUUCUCGCAGACCAAGCUGGCGCAACGGUGGGCGCGAGAGAGGAUGGAAGGGGUGCGGUGGCUUCUGGCUCAGGGAAACGCGUGA